AUGUCCACUGAAGAUGACAUGUCAUCUUUUGAGUCAUCUGAUGAAGAAUUUUUUGUGGGGCCUGCCUCUUCCAGUAAUGGCAGCUUUGUUGAGGAAAAUUUAAGAGCAGUAAACUCAUCCCAAAGUAGUACUGUUACCAGUGAUGGCUGGAAACCUGUGACAAAGGCAAUUUCAGUUUGCAUAUACUGGAAAGGAAGAAUUUUUGAUGGUGAGCUUGAUUUUGUAGAUACUCUGUUAGAAGAAGAUGUGAGAAAUAAUUCUGCAUGGAAUCAGCGCCAUUUCACGAUAACACUAACAACAGGAUUCACUCCUCAAAUUGUAGAUCGAGAGAUAGAAUAUGUGAAAAAUGCCAUUCCAAAGGAUAUUGGUAAUGAAAGUCCAUGGAGUUAUUUGAAAGGAGUUGUUCAGCAUUAUGAUGGAUAUAUAGGCAAUGCUGGAAAUUUAGAGAGUUGGUGCCAGGAGAUGUAUGAUGGAGGUCAAAGAUCUCGGUGCCUUUUGAGCUUCAUGAUUGAUAUGAAAGAAGAUAAAAUGGAAAAGGAGCAAUCUGCUAGGGAAACCAUCCUUAACGAGGCCCUGGAGUUGUGUGAAGCUCUUGCUACCGAGCAUGAUAAGAUCCGAGAGGAGUAUUGGCGAUAUAUGGCCAGACAUUUUAGCCAUUGUUUUGGUGCAUGAAGUGUUCUAGUCAUAUCCGACUAUGGUACUGUCAUUUUUUACUACUUUAUGAAUUGCACUAGAUCUCUGGAAGGCAGGCUUCAGUGUCAUGAAUUUGUUAAGAAGGCCAUGUGUGGAAUUUCAGAUACUGUACUUUUAGAUACUAAAGUAAUGUGCAAUGAGUUGAAGUAUUUCAGCUUCCAUUAAUGAAGUCAUGUUUUGUUAUAGUUUGUUAGUUAUGUUUCUUUCCCCAUAUUUAAGUAUACAAUACUUUAAUAUGCCCUCUUAAACCUUGAAUUUGUUUAUUAAACCUUUUUCUUUUGCUUUGCCCCUUAAAACAUUUGUUUAAACCAUACAUAUUCUGUCUUGCAUAUUUUUAUAGUAUUAAUAUAUUAUAUGUAAUCCUAUAAAAGACUUUUGCUUAUUUUUUUUUUAAAUUCAUUGUCCAUCUGCUAUUUAUUGCAAAUCAAGAAAGGAAUUUUAUCACUGUAAAUCUCUUUCAUAUAUUUUUUGAACCUGUUGUUUUAUCCUAUAACUAAAUCUAUUGAUGAUGAUCUUCAAUUACUGGUACAGAACAUUAUACUAUUUACGCUUGUCAGUUGAUUGAAGCCUUUGAUCUUUUACUUGAAUAAUUUUCAUAUCAAAGUGCCAAUGUUUUACCCUCUAUUUUGGAAAUAAUUUUUGUGUUCUUUAGUAAAAUUUGAUAAAAUUGCUGUCAUGAGAAAUCAGAUCAUCAUACAGUAUUGUGAGAUUUUUAAAAAGUUAAUAAAUGGAUUCCAUUUGAUGGUUAGGACUAUUAAGCAUUAGUGCUGUACGUUGCUAGUUAAGAAUUGGUUACAAUAAAUAAAUGAGAAAGAAAAUAUGUGUGUGAAUCAGAC